AUGGCUUCCGCAGCGGCCUCGCGCCCGCCGGCCCCGCCGCCGCCGCCUCCCCCGCCCCCGCCGUCCGCCGCCAUGCAGUGGCUCGCCCCGCGCGUCUCCUUCAGCCUCGACGACGCCGGCGGGCCGAUGGCCGCGGGAGCGGGAGGAGCGGGCAAGGCCAGCGCCGACUUCGAGUUCUUCCUCGCCGGGUGCUCCGCGGUGUCCACCAUGCUCCCCGCCGACCAGCUCUUCUCCGGUGGCAAGCUCGUGCCGCUCCGCAUCCCCGCGACCUCCUCUACCAGCUCGUCCGCUGACGGGGUGCCCACGCGGCCUCCGCUCGCGCCGGCGGCGGCGCAGGAGCAGCAGCCGGAGACGCCCAGGGCGGCGGAGGUGGUGGAGGCGCCCAAGGAUGCGGCGGAGGUGGAGCCUAAGGUUGUCCCGGCGAGGCGGUGGCGGGAUCUGCUGCGGAUGCGGAAGCAGCAGGCGUCGUCCUCGUCCUCCUCAUCAUCCUCCACGGACACCAAGCCGCUGCGCCGGCUCCUCCGCCGCGGCCCGAAGCCGCCGGAGCAGGAGCCGUCGCUCAACCACCCGCUCCUCCGCGAGCCCGACGAACCCGAGAAACCCGAGAAACCCGCGCCAGCACCCACCGCCACACCACCUCCUCCAACUCCCCCGCAGCACCAGCUGCCGCCCAAGAUCCGUCUGCCGGCGUCCCAGGCGGCGGCGCCCCCGCCGCCGCCACCCCCGCCGCCGCCGGCCGUGGCCGCGGACAGCCCGCGCCUCAACGCGGCCGGCAAGGUGGUGUUCAACGGCCUCGGCCGCAGCUCCAGCAGCCCCAGCAGCCUGGCCGGCGGGCGGCGCCACCGGGCCGGCAGUGCGUCCGGCGGCGGGAUGGAGCGGUCGUACUCGGCGCACGUGCGCGUCACGCCCGUGCUCAACGUGCCCGUCUGCCGCAAGUCCGUCUCCGUGUUCGGCAUCGACCGCCUCUUCUCGCCGUCCUCCGCGUCCACCGCCGCCGCCGCGCACGCGGCCGCCAAGAAGGGGAAGGUGGCCAAGAAAGAGGUGGUUGUAACCGCAGCGCCGCCACCGCCGUCGUCACAGUAA